GCCUGCUUCCAGUCCCUGAGGGAAGCGGCGAGGGCGUGUCCGUGUCCGGCUCCUGCUGACCGUUGGCCCCUCAGCCGGUGCUCUCGCAGAGGUGUCCUCGUCGCCCCUCCUCCCCGGCUCUGGUAACAACACCCUAGCUCAGAGCCGGGGAGGGGGGGAGUCCUUCCGCAUAGCGCCCCCGGUGCCUCCAGCAAGCCUAGAGUCGGCCCGCCCCGAGGGGCGUGAGGGGGCGGGGCUGAGGAUUUAGGACUCCGGCCCAUACACCGCCUCCUGCCGAGCCAGAGCAGGGAUCCCAGCCUGGUGUUGAGAGAGCCAUGACGGCGCUGCGGGGGCUCUGGCCCGAGAUGCAGGACACCUGUACCUCGCUGGGGCUGAUGCUGUCGAUCGUGCUGUUCAUGGGGCUGGCCCGCGUGGUCACCCGGCAGCAGCUGAACAGGCCCACUGCCCACGCCUUCGUCUUGGAGUUUCUGGCCACGUUCCAGCUCUGCUUCUGCACCCAUGAGCUGCAAGUGCUGAGCGAGCAGGAACCCCUGCACCCCACCUGGCCGCUGACGCUAACCUACUUCUUCUCGUUGGUGCAUGGCCUGACUCUGGUGGGCACCUCCAGCAACCCGUGCGGCGUGAUGAUGCAGAUGAUGCUGGGGGGAAUGUCCGCUGAGACGGGUGCGAUGAGGCUGUUAGCUCAGCUGAUUGGUGCCCUGUGCAGCAGGUACUGCAUGGGCGCCCUGUGGAGCCUGGGACUGACCAAGUAUCACGUCAGCGAGAGGAGCUUCGCUUGCAGGAAUCCCAUCCAAGUGGACUUGCCCAAAGCGGUCAUCAUAGAGGCCGUCUCCUCCUUUAUCUUCCACAGCGCUUUGCUGCACUUCCAGGAGGUCCGAACCAAGCUUCGUAUCCACCUGCUGUCAGCACUCAUCACCUUUUUGGUCUAUGCAGGAGGAAGUCUAACAGGAGCUGUAUUUAAUCCAGCUUUGGCACUUUCACUACAUUUCAAGUGUUUUGAUGAAGCAUUCCUUCAAUUUUUUAUAGUAUAUUGGCUGGCUCCUUCUUUAGGUAUAUUGCUGAUGAUUUUGAUGUUCAGUUUUUUCCUUCCAUGGCUGUAUAACAACCAUACAAUUAAUAAAAAGGAGUAACUAUUCUAAAAGACUAAGUUUCAGGACAGUCAAGAUGGAUGUGAUAAAGAUUUUAUCACCUAAUACUCACACACUGGCUGCACUGGAUUCGUCAAUGUUAUCUUCCUUUGAAGAAACUGCCUUAGAGUUUUCAUCACUGGGACUUAAAAAAAAUUACUGUGAAAAUAAGGUAUCCUGUGUUUUUCAGUUAAGACUUGUUCUUUUAAGCGUGUAUUAAAUGCUGCUAGAAAAGACUCUUUAAAUAUAAAUCUCAAGUGAUAA